AUGCCGUUCAUUCUCACCAACGGCAUCAGUAAGCCCGAGCCAGACAAGCGAAAGCUAAUCAGGAGGUAUGUGAUGCUGGGGAAGAACCAGGGCAAGCCUCGGAAGAACAAACCCACCACAAUAUCCUCCGCGCAUCAGUUGGAGGACUUCGGCGAGAAUCGAGACGAGUCGUCAGGGCUGUUGAUCAACGUGCGCCAUUCUACGGUUCUUAACAAGGUCGGCUCCGAGAUUUCCUUUACACAUUUCGCCGGGACCGUCGAGCCGUCGUUGAUUCGAGAGGUAUUGAAACUCUGCUUGAUGGCCAAGAAAGUCAUGUAUCCCUUGGAAAGCUGCAUCACGUUCCACAGAAAGAGCAAAGUCGACACAAUCUGGGUCGAGCUCAUGGCCUACGACGCGGCGUACAUGCAUGCCGUGGUCUUCUCCACGCAGGCCUACAUCUCGCGUGUGUCCGGCGGGGAAACUCCCACGGCAACGCGAAGAACAUUAGAACACCAUUCCCGAACGCUCCGACUCCUUCGCGAGAGACUGUCGGCCGAAAAUGAAGCUCAGAAAAUCUCAGACUCCACGCUGCUCGUGGUGUUGUAUUUGGCCAGGCAUGCGCAUUUCACCAACGACAACGACUCCGCGAGACACCACAUGCAAGGCCUGCGCAAGAUCGUCGACAUGAGAGGCGGGCUGCGCGCUUUCAGCUAUAACCAGAAACUUGUCAUGGAGCUGUUGAAAUGCGACUUGGGAAUCGCGCUCAACAACGGCACUCAGCCAAUGUUUUCCACGGACUUGCCUGUGGAACCAUUGCCGCAUUACGAUCUGGCGCCGUCCGCAGCAGAGCAGUCUGACCCAUCAAAUUCCGAGCACUAUUGGACGUUGGGCACAUACGUCGAUGCCACUGCCAUUGCAGACCUAUCUCGUGCCUGGACGGUCAUGACGCGCUUCUGCUCAGCAAUCAACUCGGCCGCCGAGCAUAAGCGCAGACUCCCCCAAGAAACACUGCUCAACACAAUGACUUCGGUCAUGUACCCCCUGCUGAACCUGCAUCUGGAGAGACGGUCCGAAUCCGAUCCGACCUCCGUCCCCGACGCCGAAGCCGAAGCCGGUCGCCUCGGCCUGCUGGCUUUCUCGUCGCACGUCUUCCUUCGCUGGCAAGAGGUGGAGGCCCCACAGACUUAUUUUCCCGAGACGUAUCGCAGCUGUCUCCUGCACCUGAGACUCGGAGUCGGGGACACGUUGACGACGACAACGACGUCAACGACGUCAACGUCAACGCCGCAGUUCAACUUCCUGCUCUGGCUGCUUGUGGUUGGCGCCAUCUCAGUUUUCACCCCGGCCGACGAUGUUUGGCUGAUGCCUUGGAUCCGGGCCCUCGUCAACUUAUGCGGAAUCCGUGAGUGGAAUGACCUGCGGGCGAGGUUGAAGCGGCUUCCCUGGAUCGAUAUCUUACAUGACAAACCGGGCAGAAAAGUAUUCGAAUCCGCCGUUUCGUCAACCCCGAGGGCAGAGACAGGCUCAGUCCAGCAGAUCUGCUGA